UGAGGUUUUACAACGUAUAAAAUUGCAUAGGUAGCGCGUCGGUUGAACGUGACGUUAAGUUUUUGAUUGCUUGAAUGUUGAAUACUAUUUUAUUGGUGAAAAAUAUUCGUUAAGCAAUUCAAAAAUAUAAAAUAAAAUGUCGUCAAGUGAUAUAAAUAUGCUAGUCGAUAUGGGUUUCAGCGUAUCUAAAGCGGAAAAAGCUUUAGAAAUUACUGGAAACAAAGGAGUUGUUCCGGCAAUGGAAUGGCUCUUGGCUCAUUCAAAUGAUGCUGAACCAUCAUCUGAACCACCUAUCACUGAAAGUACACCAGCGUCUAAUCUGCAAACAUCAGUUCAAGAAGACAUUACCGAUGCUAGUGAUCAGGUGUCUACUACUGAAGUUGCUAAAUCUAUGAAAUGUGAUAUCUGUGGAAAAUUGUUUAAAUCUAAUUUGGAAGUUGAAUUCCAUGCAACAAAGUCUGGUCACGAUAGGUUCUCUGAAAGUACAGAAGAGAAAAAACCUCUUACGGAUGAAGAAAAAAAAGAGCAAUUACGAAUAUUAACAGAAAAAUUAAAACAAAAAAAUAAAGAGAGGGAAGAACAGGAAAAAAAAGAUGCACAAGAAAGAGAAAAAAAUAGGAUAAAAUCAGGAAAAGAAAUGGCUCAAGCUAGAAGAAAAUUGGAAGAAUUAGAAAUGAAAAAAUUGUUAGAAGAAAGGAAACGUGAAAAAGAAGAAGAAAAAUUAGCACGACAAAGGGUUAAAGAACAAAUUGAAGCUGAUAAAGCUGCUAGACGUGCUAAAGCUAAUGCUGAAAAAAUAGUAACAGAAUCUCUCUCAACACCUUCAUCUUCCACUAAUAUUUAUAGGAAAGAAUAUAAUGAUACAAAAUUACAGAUUAGACUUACUAAUGGACAAGUAUUAACUCAAAAUUUUGGAAGUAAGGAAAAGUUAUCUGCUGUGAGAUUAUUUGUAGAACUUAAUAGAACAGAUACUCCUGGUCCAUUUAAUUUAAUGACAAAUUUUCCUAAGAAAAUUUUUACAGAAGAUGAUUAUGAAGCUCCUUUAAAUGCAUUAGGCUUAACACCAUCUGCAGUUUUAAUUGUUCAAAAAAAAGUGGAAUGAUUAAAAUGUCAAUUAUUACUUGCCAUACAAUUUGCAAUAUGCUUUUAAAGUAAUAUUUCAUUGUAAUUUCAUUGUAAAAUAUUAUACAAAUUGUUUAGAAAAAGGAAUCAUUUUAAAACAUCUCUUAUUAUUAAAACAAUCUCUAUUUGUAAUUAUUAAUAAAAAUAAAAAAUAUACAUUUAAAAAUA